CAUGGAUUCCUGCUAAGAAAGGAAAAACAUAUUAUAUCAACAGCCAGAAAUGGGCCUGAAAUAUAAAAGUGCUUAAACAGGAAAUUGCAACCAUGCUCUUGGUGGAAACAAAAACUAAGAAGCGUAAAGAAUGAUCACGAUAAAACGAGCCCAGCUGCUUAUACUGGUGUUGCUGUUCUGGACUAAGGGUGAGUUUUGUUGCAUCUCUACAUCAAAUAUUUUAUUAUACUUUGAAGGAGAAAAAUCUAAUAAGACUACCACUGUAGGGUCUCUAGGAAAGAAAUCUGGAAACAAACAUCACAAAAAGAAAACCGCUCUUCCAGACGAGAAAACUGCGCGAUCGGCCCUCAUUGGAAUAAAACCUGAGGAAAUUUUAACGGUUAGGAAUGGAGAUGCGGGUGGCUCAAGAAAAAGUGAUGUUAAUUUUCUACAAAAACUACCAGCUAUUCAAGACGAACAGCGAUUAACAAACAGUGCUCUACUGUAUUCGGGACAGCUGUCUCCAAUAGAUCAGCAUUUAGUGAAACAAUUCAACAAAGAAGUUGAUGUAAAUCAGGAUGACUCAAAGAUUGAUGGAGAUGAUCUACUUGAUCCUUCUCGUCAGAAGGCAAGAAUCAACGAUGAUAAUAAGGAAAGUAGAAACCCUGUCGCAAAGGUAACAAGAGAUGAAAUGGGGAGAGCAGAAGAUAUGAGUACACUUCGUAAUGGAGGAAUGGAUAAAGAAUUCUAUAGCCAGAUUAGCCAGAUAGAACAAGAGCAGCCACAGGCAGCUAAUGUGGGAAAACUCACAGACAUGUAUAAAGACAACCCUUUGCCUGAAUACAGCUACAAGGAAUCAGGUUAUGACAAAGUUUCAGAUUAUCACUCUAAUGAGGGAAACAAUCCUUUUGAAAUGCCUAAAAAUUAUUACCAGGACCUUGAUACCCAGGACAAAGAACUCUUCCAAGGCUUUAAUAACUACCCAGAAGAGGCUCAACACAUAUCUUCCGAUAAUUCAGACCUUUUUUCUACUAUUGGCAAAAAAGUCGUCCUUGACCUGCUGAAACACCGGAAUGAUUCUGAACACCAGAGCGAGGAGAAUCUUAAGCAGGAGUUCCUCAAGAAAUUGAUGGAAGGGAAUCCAGGUCAAAACAAUAUGGGCAUUAACACUUUGCUGGCAGAUAAAAUGACAACAACGAUAUCUCCUUUCAAAACUCAAGAGACACCCAUGAUGGCAACGCAACCAAAUGCUAUCGACGCCCAUGUUCCUACGGUUCCUUCACAAGGAAGGAGUUUAACUUCAGGGAAGAUAUCCUCUAAAGAUGCACUCGGUUUAGGCGCUGAACAAGUGACACAAGCCCUGAGUUUACCCCAGGGUUUAAACCUUCAUAUCCAGGGGCAUACUUUUCAAGGAGAUCCACUAACACCCUCUCGCCUGAUUAAAGCUCAGUCGCCAAAUGUUCCAGAAUCUCUCGGUGUCGACGGACCAUCGCUGAAUAACCUAAUUAAAACUCAGUCGCCAAUUGUUCCAGAAUCUCUCGGUGUUGACAGACCAUCGCUGAAUAACCUCAUUCAAUCCAAGGACGAAGACUCACAAAAGGAAAACUUUGUUACGUUAAAAAUUUCUGGUGCAGGAAAACCAGUUAGUUUCAAGGCAGGCACUAGCAAUGACGGAUCGCUAGUGCUUAAGAUACCCGGUAACGUCACAUUAAUGAAUUCAGACACAAACAAAGUGAUUACCAGUGAAGCUGCUCAAAAUACAAAGGACGAUAGCAGCUCCAGACAUCAAAUCGUUACAGAUGCCGAACUAAUGAACCAUUAUCUCUGGGAAACCCAGACAGCUCCAAUGCAGGAAUUUGCUAAGAAAGGAAAUAUGAUUGAAGGUCAUGGCGAAACUGGCUCAAACAAUGAAAUACUAAGCUGGCAGAUCCUUGGGAAAACGAAUAACAAGUUAAAUCAAGAAAACGACGGUACUGCAAAUGGCGUUCUUCAAGACGCCUAUAACGUUCCGGCCUCUGCGAGGCCAACAAAAGGUCGCAAUUUCGAUGAUAUGCAAAGGAGCUCAAGCAUGUCCCCAACCAAGUACAACGAGCUCAAUCGAGUUUCCUUUGCCGGAAUAGGGCAAUCACCCCCAUCUGAUAUAUUUCCUCCUGGUUUAAAACUAAGAGAAAGUGAGGAAAAGAACAAGAUGUUGUCCUUGAAGAGUUUCCUCAGGCCUUCUAAGUUUAUAGAGGGCUCUCCUGAAAACAGGGCAAGGCUGAUCUUUGGCCCAGAUCACGACUUAGGGAGAACAACUACUGAUGCGAAGAAUGAUAAACGGAACACAUGGUCGCCAUGUUCAGUGACUUGUGGUCAAGGUAUUCAAGCAAGAGCUCAGUUGUGCGAGGGAACACAAUGUAAGGGACAUAAGACGGAGAGCAAGGCUUGUUUCAUGCAGCCCUGUACAGAACAACUUGGAAGAGCAGGACUUCGUCUGCAUAACAAAUUCAGAACAUGGCAUAAAAGUCCUCCGCUGAGGUGGUCACAACGUUUGGCUGCUAAGGCGCAAGCAGUAGCAAAUGAACUGGCCAACAAUGCCAUCCGCUUGUCGGAUUUAAAAGAGGAACAUUCAGGUAUAAACGUCGCUCGGCUAUGGCACAGUUAUGACAUCGCAGCCGAGAAAGCAACCGCUGACUGGUACAGUGAGGUCAAAAGCUAUAACUUCGACGAUCCAGUGAUCGAUGGUUCCACCAAGCACUUUACCCAGCUCAUAUGGAAGAGCUCCAAAUGGCUUGGAAUUGGGGAAGCUAAGAGUAGGGACGGAAAACACACAUUUGUGGUAGCGCUUUACAGUCCGCCUGGAAACGCAAGGAACGAAGAGAGAAUUAACGUCCAUACGCCUAAGCCACAAAGUGGAAAAUAGUCA